AUGGUUCCCAUUCUCAACAAGAUCGGCGUCGACUGCUCUUGCGUUGGUAACCAUGACUUCGACUUUGGCGUCAAGCAAUUCGAGACCUUGACCGCGAAGUGUAAUUUUCCCUGGCUCCUUGCCAACGUCCUGGACCCAGCUCUGGGUGAAAAUGUACCCCUCGGAAAUGCAAAGCACACGCACAUGCUCACAACCUCCAAUGGCAUCAAAAUUGGUCUCAUUGGCCUAGGCGAGAGGGAAUGGUUGGAGACCAUCAACAGCCUGCCGCCCAACAUCAUUUACAAAUCCGCCAGCGAGACUGCCAAGGAGUUGGUUCCCCAACUGCGGGCGCAAGGUGCCGACAUCAUCAUUUGUCUCAGCCACCAACGUGAGCCGAACGACAACAAGCUUGCCGAGAAGACGGAUGGUCUUAUGGACAUCAUUCUCGGUGGUCAUGACCACUACUAUGGCCAUAGUUUUAUCAAGGGCACCCAUGUGCUGCGGUCUGGCUCUGACUUCAAGCAGCUGAGCUACAUAGAAGUCCGAAAGAAGGAGGAUGGCUCUGGCAAAUGGGACUUUGAUAUCUUGCGGCGCGAUAUCGUCUCGUCCAUUACCGAGGACCAGGAGACGCUGAAACUUACUGAAGACCUGACCUCGAAGCUGAAGCACAGCUUGGCCAAGUCUGUCGGCUGGACGGCCUCGCCGUUAGAUGCACGGUUCACAACGGUGAGAAUGAAGGAGAGCAACAUGGGUAACUUUGUCUGCGAUGUCAUGAGACACUACCACAACGCCGACUGUGCGCUCAUGGCUGCCGGAACAAUCCGUGGCGACCAGAUCUAUCCGCCGGGUGCGAUUAGGGUUAGGGAUAUCACCAACUGUUUCCCCUUCGAAGAUCCCGUCAUCUUCAUUCGAGUAACCGGCCAGCAGCUGUGGGAUGCCUUGGAGAACGGCGUCUCCCAGUAUCCCGCGCAGGAAGGCCGCUUCCCUCAAGUCUCCAACAUCGAAUACACUUUCGAUCCCAGCAAGCCGCCUAGCUCACGUAUCAUAUCAGCCAGCGUUGGUGGUGAGCCCAUAGAUCCUGAGCGGAAGUACACGCUCGCGACCCGAGGCUACAUGGGCCGGGGAAAGGGUGCGUUUCAGAUUCAAAUACACUCGAGAUAUCUGCUGACUAUCAUAGACGGUUAUACGAGCCUUCUUGUCGAGCCGGAAGGUGGCACUGCUGAGGAGAUCGUGUGCGAAGAAAACGGCAUUCUCAUUUCCGCCAUGCUGCGUCAGUACUUCAUGAGUCUCAAGACGGUCGGUCAGUGGAAGAACCUUAGCGAGUGUUGGCUCAAGGUCGCCGAGAAGUGCCACAGCCCCGUUGAGCCCCGCAAGAUGUGGGAGACUCCCGCCGAGACGGGCAUCUCAGAUCCGCAGCCCAAGACCGAGUCCAAGUCGUGGGCCGAGUGGAUGGUCAAGCGUCAGACGCUGAACACCAAGCCCCCCAUGGACGACUCGGACGAAGAUUCAGAUGAUUCCGAUGACGAGGCGGAUAGGGUUGCCCAGAUCGAUAUGGAGAUGCUCAUUAUGCGUAAGUUCUUUGCUAGAUGGGCCAACAAGGCGGGCGUCAAAGCCGACGUAUGUGAUCCCCUGCGGGAGGGCGAGUUCACGGUGGACUGGACCCGGGUCAUUGCCCCCGUUCUAGAGGGCCGCAUUAAAAUGGUGAGUUAG